AUUCAAAAAGUUAGACUAAAUUUUUUUUUUAAAUGCCUAAACAUUGGCGAUGCAUCGGCGCACUUUUCUUUCACGUGCAUUGUAGAAAGAAACACAGUACAUAAUAAUAUUGAAAAAAAAAAAACGACACAUCGUUUCCUCUUUUCCCCAAAACCUAAACAGUCUCGCACCGCACAAACUCAGCGCAGGCUGCCCAUUUCCAAUCGCCGUCGAGCUAGCACCGCCGCUCGCCCCUUUCUCUCCGUUUUGUUACGCAAGAAUUAUCACUUGUCUUUGAGAAAAAAAAAAAAAAAAAAACAACGAAAAUUGAGAUUAUUAUCACUUUCUCAUAAAAAGUUGAACCCUUUUCUUGACAGUAAUGGCCUUGAGAACAUUAACAAGAAAGGUCGCUCCUAGACUAUUGCCCUUGCUUUCUUCUGCUUCACCUCUCCAUUCCCAUGCCACAAGCUUUGGGUUUAAAGAAGUAAGGGAAGAUGAAAAGAGUCAAUUGGUGGGUAAUGUCUUCAGCAAUGUUGCUUCCAGCUAUGAUCUAAUGAAUGAUGUGAUGACUGCUGGAUUACAUAGAUUAUGGAAGGACAGAUUGGUUUCUGAAUUGAACCCAUUUCCUGGUAUGAAACAUCUUGACGUUGCUGGUGGAACAGGGGAUGUUGCUUUCAGAAUUCUAGAAACAAUAAACAGCACUAGACGUAGAGCUUUGCAAGAUGUUCACGAAGAUGGUUUAGGAGAAGAAACGCAAAUUUAUGUUUGUGAUAUCAACCCUAACAUGCUUGAUGUUGGUAAAAAACGAGCCUUGGAGAAAGGUCUUGGAGAACACCAAUCACUUAUAUGGGUGGAGGGAAAUGCAGAGGCCUUGAGCUUUGAAAAUGCUUCAAUGGAUGGUUACACUAUUGCAUUUGGGAUAAGGAAUGUAACUCACAUAGAGAAAGUACUUGCUGAAGCCUAUAGGGUGCUAAAACCAGGUGGGAGGUUUCUUUGCCUUGAGCUGAGUCAUGUGGAUGUUCCUGUGUUUAAAGAAGUGUACGAUUAUUAUUCGUUCUCAGUUAUUCCCACCUUAGGUCAGCUAAUUGCAGGUGACCGAGAAUCCUAUCAGUACUUAGUUGAGAGCAUCCGCCGUUUUCCUCCUCAGGAGACCUUUUCAUCAAUGAUAGCAGAUGCAGGAUUUCAGAAGGUUGAGUAUGAAAAUCUUAUUGGAGGAGUGGUUGCCAUCCAUUCAGGUUUAAAAGUUUAAUUUAUUGGACUUUUAUGAAUUUCCAGCAAACGUAUCUUAUCUCAACUCAACAGCAAGUACUUCACCUAUCAUUACCAUAAUUUACAGUAGGUGGAAAUUUGUUUCUUUUGGAGGUAUAAGUAUGUUUUUCCAACAGUUUUCACGGAUUGUCAUUAUCUUCUUUGAUAUUUUGUAAUAAAUUCAUGAAUUUAUUCAGCUUAAACAAGCUUGAAAAAUAAGUUCUAAGAAAAUAGUUGUACUAUAAUAUCAAUAAAUUUAAAGGUUACUACUGUCUAA